AUGGCUCACCUGAAGGAUACUUUUUCAUCUAUUUUCAAAUGCUUUAGAGAAAAACCAUCUCUCUUUUUGGGACUAGUGAGGUGGGACAGCUGUCUAGACACUGAUGAAGAGCAUGUGAAUUUUGCUAAAAGCGAUGAACUGAACAGAGUUCACAGCGAGAACAGAGAGGAACCAGAUGGACCCCUGAAAUUUGAGCUUGAUAUUUGUCACCAGGAUCCAGAAUACAAGUCCCCAGCUCCCUUGCCACAUGCCCAGGUCAAACUGAUCACCAGCUGGGAAGCAGGAUGGAAUGUAACAAAUGCCAUUCAGGGAAUAUUUGUCCUAGGAUUGCCAUAUGCUCUCCUCCACAGUGGAUACAGUGGUCUACUUCUUAUUGUCUUGGCUGCAGCAUUAUGCUGUUACACAGGCAAAAUUCUAAUUGCUUGCUUGUAUGAGGAAAAUGAAGAUGGGCAACUGAUAAGAGUGAGAGACACGUAUGAAGAUAUUGCAAAUGCCUGCUGCAAAAAGCUGCCUCACAAUCUAGGUGGUAUAGUUGUCAAUGUGAUACAAGUGGUGGAACUGAUCAUGACAUGUAUUUUGUAUCUGGUUGUUAGUGGGAACUUGCUGUCACACAGUUUCCCAUAUGUACCUGUGACUGAGAAAACUUGGUCUGUAAUUGCAUUUGUUGCUCUGUUGCCUUGUAUAUUUAUCAGAACUCUCAAAAUUGUUUCCAAACUCAGCCAGCUUUGCUCUUUGGUUCAUUUUGUUAUCAUCUUUGUAGUGAUAACUUACUGUCUCACACAAAUGCAUCAAUGGUCCUGGACAAAAUUCAGACUCUCCCUUGAAUUUGAGGACUUUUUGGUCUCUGUAGGGGUGAUCAUUUUCAGUUACACUUCACAAAUAUUUCUUCCCACACUUGAAGGUAAUAUGAAUAAUCCAAGGGAAUUUAGGUGUAUGCUAAACUGGACUCAUUUUUUUGCCUGUAUCUUGAAAACAACCUUUGCACUUACUGCUUUCUUGACCUGGGGUGAAAAGACAAAGGAAGUUAUUACUGACAACCUGCCAUCAUUUCUGGAAACCCUAGUAAAUUUAUGUCUCUUAACCAAGGCUCUUCUUUCUUACCCUUUGCCCUUUUUUGCUGCAACAGAAAUUGUGUAUUCUUGUAUUUCUAAAGACAACCAUUCCAAUUACAGAUCUCCACUACUUGCUCUGACUGUAAGAAGCUCAUUUCUCUUGUUAACUCUGUUGAUGACCAUGUUCACACCACAUUUUGCCCUGCUGAUGGGUUUGUCAGGCAGUGUAACAGGUGCUGCUAUGACUUUUCUUCUUCCUUCUCUCUUCCAUUUAAAACUUAAAUGGAAAAAAAUGUCCUUCAUAGAGAAAUGUGCAGAUAUCUCUGUUUUUAUUUUGGGCUUCCUUUGUAGCCUUGCAGGCAUAGUUUGCUCAAUAAAAGGGCUGCUCAAAAUAUUUGGAGGAGUGUAA